UCCGGCAACUUCGCGAGAGCAUAUGAAUACGCCAUUAUCUACUCUUUAAGAUCCAACAAGAUUUGAUUCUUGAGACUCCUUCCUUCUCUUUCUAGAUCUACAUUGUUCUUCAUCGAACGAAUCGACAAUGAACGACGCAGAUGUCACCAGGCAGAUCCAUCAGAUGGUCAGAUUCAUCCGCCAAGAAGCGGAAGAGAAAUCCAACGAGAUCCAUCUUUCCGCCGAAGAGGAAUUCAACAUUGAGAAGUUACAAUUGGUAGAAUCUGAGAAGAAGAAGAUCAGACAAGAGUAUGAACGCAAAGAGAAACAAGUUGAAAUCCGCAAGAAAAUAGAAUACUCGAUGCAGCUUAAUGCUUCGAGAAUUAAGGUUCUGCAGGCGCAGGAUGAUGUUGUUAACUAUAUGAAAGAUGCAGCAGCAAAGGAACUUUUGUUCGUGAGCCAAGAUCAUCAUACAUAUAGGAAGCUUCUGAAAGAACUUAUUGUUCAGAGUUUAGUGAGGCUAAAGGAGCCUGCAGUGUUAUUGCGAUGUCGUAAGGAGGAUUUGCAUAAUUUGGAUCAUGUUUUGGACUCGUCGAUAGAAGAAUAUGCAGAGAAAGUUGAUGUGGAUCCGAGUGAGAUCAUUGUUGACAAUGUUCAUCUUCCUCCUGCUCCUUCCCAUGUUAAUGUUCAUGCUCUUUCUUGCUCGGGUGGUGUUGUGUUGGCUUCUCGAGAUGGGAAAAUUGUGUUUGAGAACACCCUUGAUGCGAGAUUGGAUGUUGUAUUUCGCAGGAAACUUCCUGAGAUUCGUAAGUGGCUAUUUGGUGAAAUUGUUGUUGCAUGAUGGUUCGUGGUUCAGCCAGAAGAUGGAAAUGCAGAAAGUCUAAUAAGGUGGGUUUUUAUGUACUUUUUCUAUUUGAUUUUGAUGAUAAAAUAAGGGUAAUUUGAUUUAAAUUAUGUCACUGAUUAUUGAAUUGAUAAUGGAUGUGGAAAGUUACAUAAA